UUUCAUGUGAUGGCUUGCCUGGUCCUACAAGAUCACAGCAAGAACUAGUGUUCAGUUGUCUCUUUGGCGAUAAUAAAGAAGAAAACACCUUCCAGCUCGCAGACCACCCUUCGCUUUCCAAGUUUUUAAAAUUCAAGCUUAAGCAAACAUCAAUCCCCAACCACCGCCCAUUUACAUUCCAGACAGUACACCAAACCGAAGUCUCUUUUGUCUGAAAAAAAAAACCACAAAUCUCAAAACUUUGAAACUUGUCCUGAUUCAGACAAAGGUUUUAAAAAAGUUUCGAGCUUUUCGAUCCGAUGUUGGUUCAGGAUCGCGACGCGCCGAAGACCAAGCCGUCGGCGAAGUCUCAGAUCAGAGAGCUCCCAACUACUACUACUCAUCAUCAGCAGAUCCGACGAUUCAGCGAACCCAAAAACCUAGACUUUUCGACUUGGGUCUCAGAGAAUCUCUCUCGAAUCUUCAUCGUCUCUCUCUCCAUCGUCACCGUCGCAGCUUUCUUCUUCCUCUACAACACCACCGACACCGCUUCCCUCCUCUGUUUCCAGUCCCAGUCAACUCAGUCUAUCCAGCCUCUCGCUCGCCCUCAGAUCAAAUGGAACUCGAUCCAGGUCCUCCCCGACAAGACCUCCCCUUACUCCUCCUUCGUCACCGAGAAGUGGAUCGUGGUGUCGGUGACGAAGUAUCCGACGGAGGAGCUUAAAGGUUUGGUGAAGAUCCGAGGAUGGCAGGUUCUAGCGGUCGGAAACUCGAUGACUCCCAAGGAUUGGAGUCUCAAAGGUUCGAUCUUUCUGUCUCUCGACGCUCAGGCUGAGCUGGGUUACCGUGUUUUGGAUCACUUGCCUUAUGACUCUUUCGUGAGGAAGAGCGUUGGUUACUUGUUCGCGAUCCAGCACGGUGCUAAGAAGAUCUACGACGCGGAUGAUCGUGGUGAAGUGAUCGGUGGAGAUCUAGGCAGGUGCUUUGACGUUGAGUUGGUUGGUGAAGACUCUAAGCUAGAGCCGUUGUUACAGUAUAGCCACGAGAACCCCAAUAGGACUGUGGUUAAUCCCUAUAUUCAUUUUGGGCAACGUUCGGUUUGGCCUAGAGGUUUGCCGUUAGAGAACGUAGGCGAGAUUAAUCAUGAAGAGUUUUACACUGAGGUCUUUGGUGGUAAGCAGUUUAUACAGCAAGGGAUCUCCAACGGUUUACCUGAUGUUGAUUCGGUGUUUUACUUCACCAGGAAGACGACUUUGGAACCUUUUGAUAUUAGGUUCGAUGAGCAUGCUCCUAAAGUGGCGUUGCCUCAAGGUGUGAUGGUUCCGGUUAAUUCGUUUAAUACUCUUUACCAUUCGUCUGCGUUUUGGGGGUUGAUGCUUCCCGUUUCGGUUAGUUCCAUGGCGUCUGAUGUGCUGAGAGGGUACUGGGGACAGAGGCUGUUGUGGGAGCUUGGUGGUUACGUUGCUGUUUAUCCACCGACGGCUCACCGGUUCGAUAGAAUCGAGGCUUACCCUUUUGCUGAGGAGAAGGAUCUUCACGUCAAUGUUGGUCGUUUGAUCAAGUUCUUACUCGUUUGGAGAUCGGAGAAGCAUAGUCUCUUUGAGAAGAUACUUGAUCUGAGCUUUGCUAUGGCUGAAGAAGGGUUUUGGACAGAACAGGAUUUGAAAUUCACGUCUGCUUGGCUUCAGGAUUUGAUCACCGUCGGUUACCAACAACCGAGGUUGAUGUCGCUGGAGCUGGAUCGUCCACGAGCAAACAUCGGUCAUGGGGAUAGAAAAGAGUUUGUUCCUAGGAAGGUGCCUUCGGUUCAUCUUGGUGUUGAGGAGACAGGGACUGUGAGCACUGAGAUAGGGAACUUGAUCAGGUGGAGGAAGAACUUUGGGAACGUUGUCCUUGUUAUGUUUUGUAAUGGUCCUGUUGAACGUACAGCUCUUGAGUGGAGGUUGCUUUACGGAAGAGUGUUCAAGACCGUUGUGAUAUUGUCCUCUCAGAAGAACGUAGAUCUCUAUGUUGAAGAAGCCAAACUAGAUCACAUCUACAAGCAUCUACCAAAGAUAUUUGAUCGAUACAGCAGCGCAGAAGGGUUCUUGUUUGUUGAAGAUGAUACAGUUCUCAACUACUGGAAUCUACUUCAAGCCGACAAGACUAAGAUUUGGACUACAGACAAGGUAUCGAAGUCAUGGACAUCAGUGAAACUGACCGGGAAGUCUGAUUGGCUCUCUGUACAAGCAGAGUUAGUGAAGAGAACCGUAAGCACAAUGCCGGCUCAUUUCCAAGUUAACUACAAGGAAGCAGCCAAGAACAAUCUCGACACGUUAACGGUAUGCAGUUCAGAGGUAUUCUACGUGCCUAAACGGCUUGUAACAGACUUUGUCGACCUUGUUGAUCUCGUGGGAGACAUGGACUUGCAUUACAAAGUGGCUGUGCCAAUGUUCUUCACGUCGAUGGAUUCGCCUCAGAACUUUGACCCGGUUCUCGGUUCGAUGGUAUAUAAGAAGAAAUCUUCUUCGUUUAAUUCUUCUUUGGGUCUGUAUUCUGCUCAAGCACCUGCUGUUCAUCCGUGGAGCAUAUCGAGUGAACAAGAUUUCAUUAAACUGGUUGGGAAAAUGGCUGAAGGGGACCCGCUACUAAUGGAAUUGGUAUGAUGAUGACUGAUGAUGAGUCAGGGUGUAGGAGGUUGCAAUAGUAGAAACAGAGAGUUAUACAAAGAUUGUGUCUGUUAUUCUUUUUUGUUCCAUUUUCUGAUUUUUUUUCCUUCAGAUGAUUGUGGGGGAAAGUCAUGUAAUGUUCCACUGUAAAACAUACAUUUUGUGAGUGUAUAAUGUUUCCCUUUUAAGAUCA